CCACACACAACACGCCCAUGGUCUGCCUCUCGAAGCAGUCGUCGACCAAGCCUUCGGGCUUGAAGAAGCUAUGGACCAAGGUGGUGCACCCGUUCUCGCACACGACGCCGGCGGCCAAGGAGCCGAUCAAGGACACACAAGCGUACAUCUGCACCUGCGUGCAGCUCAACGUGCUCGCGGCGCGCCGCCGCCAAGCGAUGGCCCCGCCCGCACGCACGGCGGCCACGAUGGCUCCGAUCCCACUUCCGGACGAGUUCCGCAUGGAGAAGAAGGACAAGACGCUGGUCAGCGGUCACCGCGUGCCUUACUGCCCGGUCCAAAACCAGCGCUGGAAGAACUACCGCAAGGCGCGCACGUUUGAAGCAAUCGCCGAAGACGACGACGCGCUUGACGCCAACCAACCGAUCGUGUGCCCAGGCUGCAUGGCCCGGUCGAGUCUCUCAACGGUCACGAGCCACGACCUCGAGGACGACUACUAGACACACGGGUCAUCGACCGUUGCUAGAACUAUUUAAGCGCCACCAAUCGCACAGUACUGUACUAUUUAAUGAACGAAUCACAGAAUCUCGUCGAGCUUGAACCACCC